CCACAUCAUCUUAAUUUCCUGGUUUGUUUUAGCACAUUCUAAAAGGAAAAUCGGUAUUUCGUGGCGCUGCGGGCGCGGCCACUCUACUGGAAACACAAGAAAUUAGUUUUAAACAAAACAAAAUGAGUCAAUAUAGCCACGUUAAGUAUACGCAAUCGCCGACACCGUCGGUGGUUUCUGGCUAUUCGAGUGCCUCAAGGCUCCACUCGCCGCUCCCGCCGCCAGCCAACCACCGGAGAGACUGCCUCUCGGCGACCACUAAGAGCUACAAAUACCUGCGACGUCUGCUUAAGUUUAAUCAGAUGGACUUCGAGUUUGCUUUGUGGCAGAUGCUUUACCUUUUUGUGGCGCCCCAAAAGGUCUACAGGAACUUCAACUAUCGAAAACAAACCAAGUCACAGUUCGCUCGCGACGAUCCGGCGUUCUUAGUGCUCCUGGUGGUCUGUCUAUGUGUCACCUCUCUUGGCUUCGCGUAUGUUCUGGGACUGUCCUUUUGGCAGAGCAUCUCCUUCAUCUUCUAUGUGGUAUUUGUGGACUGCAUUUUCGUCGGAAUUAUAAUUGCAUCAUUCUUCUGGGCGGUAACAAAUCGGUAUCUGCGUACGAAUAGUCUGGAGCCAGAUAUCGAGUGGGGAUAUGCCUUCGAUGUACAUUUGAAUGCAUUCUUUCCGCCAUUGAUGCUCCUGCACUUCAUCCAGCUGUUUUUCUACAAUUGGCUAAUCAGCCAGACGUGGUUUAUCUCCCGAUUUUUGGGCAACACCUUCUGGUUGUUGGCUAUGGGAUACUACGUGUACAUCACUUUUCUGGGAUAUAACUGUAUUCCUCAUCUAAAAAACACCCGCAUCAUACUCAUCGCCCUGCCCAUCAUCUUUCUACUGUUUCUGGUCGUCACCAUUAUUGGCUGGAACGCCACGAUAUCCUUCGUCAACUUCUACAAGUAUCGCGUAUAUUAAUUCUAUAAAGUGCAUUGUAAAUUAUUCUGCGUUUAGCUGCUAAGCACUAUACUACAUUUAUGACUAAUAAACUAAUUAAUUUAGAGUUAUCCAAA